CUGAGGCUCAAUGACGAUGAAAUACGACUGGUACAUGAUUUUGAGGAAGAUUGUAUGGACGAUUUGUCGAGGAAGAAAAGCCUGUCACAAGCUGAUUCACCGUUGAAAAAAGCAGCAGAGAGGUAA